CGAUGACCCAAUGUCAGAGGUCAUUAUUCAGAACAUUAGUGUAGUGUUUUUAUUCAAAAAGUUUUACAAAAGAACAGUAUAUAGCCAAAGGUUUAACAGAUUAAGGAAAUGACCUCUAACAAUGGAGAUACCCAAAUUAUAGACAGUGUGAAGGAAUAUUAUGGAAAGAAGUUAAAAAAUGUGUCAGAUUUACAAACCCAAGCAUGCGUAGCACCAGGCAGACUGGUAAACAAAAAUGUACGUGAAGCAGUUAGUCAAGUUCAUGAAGAAGUAGCAUCAAAAUAUUAUGGAUGUGGAUUAGUAAUUCCUGAUAAAUUAGAAGGAAUUAAAGUUCUGGACCUUGGAAGUGGUAGUGGAAGAGAUUGUUAUGCUAUCAGUAAACUUGUUGGACAGCAUGGACAUGUGACAGGGAUAGACAUGACUGAUGAACAGAUUGAAGUAGCCAGAAAGUAUAUCGACUACCACACAAAAACCUUUGGCUAUGAUAAACCAAAUGUAAACUUUGUACAGGGGUAUAUUGAGAAACUUAUUGAGGCAGGACUGCAAGAGAACUUCUAUGAUUUAAUAGUGUCCAACUGUGUAGUGAAUCUGUCACCUGACAAAUGUGCUGUACUAUCAGAAGCCUACAAAGUUCUCAAGGAGGGUGGAGAGUUGUAUUUCAGUGACGUUUAUUGUGACAGAAAUCUAGAAGAUUCAGUGAGGAAACACGAGACAUUAUGGGGGGAGUGUAUAGCAGGUGCCCUGUGUUGGAAGGAUCUGAUUUCAUUGGCUGAGAAGACAGGGUUUAGUACACCAAGACUGGUAACUGUAUCACCUAUACCUAUAGACAGAGAAGAUUUCAAGAAAAUAUUAGGUGAUGCCAAGUUUUGUUCUGUUACAUACAGAAUGUUCAAGCUACCCAAAGUAGAAAAGUCUCCACCAUUACAAGUUAUUUAUAGCGGUGAUGUAACAGGACGUGAGAAUCAACUGGAUUUUGAUCACAGAAAUCAAUUUAAGACAGAUGAUGUCUACACUAUUGACUCAGAACUGGUUGCUAUAUUAAAGAAUUCAAGAUUUUCGGAUGAAUUUGAAUUUCAACCAGCAACAAAAGGAGUCUGUGGCUCCACAGGAAAUAUUGUAGAUAACCCAUUUGAUGUUUUACUGGAGAAAGAAAAGAAAGGAGAACAAGUCAGCCCAGCUUGUUGUGCUCCAGGAAAGUGUUAAAAAGGAGAGACAGUGCCGCUGGAAAUAUUAUCAAAUUUUAAUUUCCAAUACUAUGUUAAUGGACGAUAUUCCUUUACAGUUUUGUAUUAUGUAAUUACAGACCUUUAAAAGAUUUUUGAUUGAUAUUCUCAUUACAGUAAAUAUUUACUGACCAUUUCAUAAAAAAAUAUUCCUGUAUAUAUUUUUUUUCCAUUUUAAAAAUUUAAGAUAUUUUAUCAAUUUUAUAAAUUCUAUUAAAAAUAUCAUUUAUAUUAAUCGUUCAUUGCUCAUAAAACUAGUAGGUCAAUACUGAAAAAGUGUAUUUUUCUUGCAAACUGACCAAUAGGAUAUUUCCUGAGUUUAAAUUUUUUUCAUUAAUGUCAAUAAUAGGAAAUGUGCUGAUAGUAUAGGUUCAACAAAAAUAGGAAUUGAUUUUUUUUUGAUUUUUUAACUGAAAAACUAAAAUUCUUUUGGAAAAGUGAUUUUUUAAUACUAGUACAGUGAUGUUGGUAUUCAGUUGUUGAAAUAGUAAGAUACCAAAAGCAAACUCAGAAUGUUUACCAUGUGGUUCAAUGGCAGAGAAGAAAAAAAAAACUAAAUAAAAUAUAUUAUAUUCUUAAUAUAUGUAAUAUGAUAUUCAUUUUUGCAUGAAUUAUAGAAAGAAAAUUUCAUUUUCAAUGAGAAGUAAUAUUACUGUUGUCACAUAGGAAACUCAAGCUUCUAGUUUAUAGUACCUAUCACAAAAAUCAACUUACUUAAGAAUAUUUCAAAACUAUCAGAAAUUGACGUUAAACCAAAUAUGAUGACAUAAAUGAUAAUAACAAUCAAACUCCUGUUCAUGCUUUAUGUAAAUUAUUCAUAUUACAAGAGUGUUUGUUUUCAUGGUUGUUAGUAGGUGCUUGAUCUGUACUUGCAUAAUAUGGUGCUAAAAACAUAAUAAAUAAUUAUAAUAUA